AUGCACUGGGUGAGACAGGCCCCUGGUGUCCGGUCUCAGGUCCAGUUGGUGGAGUCUGGAGGGGGCAUGAGCAGACCUGGAGCGUCCCUUCGUCUCUCCUGCCAGGCCGCUGGCUCCACCUUCAGCAGCUAUUGGAUGAGCUGGGUGAGACAGGCUCCUGGAAAAGGGCUGGAAUGGAUUGCAUUCAUAUAUACUGAUUCCAGUGGACAAUUCUACUCGGACAAAGUCAAGGGACGCUUCACCAUCUCCAGGGACAACUCCCAAAGCCAACUCUAUCUGCAAAUGAACAGCCUGAAGCCAGAGGACAUGGCAGUCUAUUACUCUGCGGGAGACACAGUGAGAGGAAUUUCCCUUCUGGAAACAUGUAUCCCCCUUUCCUGCCCCUAUGACUUUGAUCUCCCAAGGAAAAACUGUACAGGGCUUAACCGGAUUCAUACUCCUCAUGGCAGGCGCCAAUACCGGAAACACAAAUGGGGGCUGGUCAAUCAUUCCAACUGUGACUGUGGGAAUGUCCUGCAAACUUUACAUUGCAUCACGAUGGAAGGCCUUCUCCGAAUGCUCCCUGGCUCCCUGCAAGAACUUCAUCGUCUGAUGGCACUGCUGUCCAAUGGCCAAAAGAUCGAGAUAUCUGGCCGUGUCCAGUCAGUGAUCCCACUGCUAGAGUCUGGAGGGGAUGUGAGAAGGCCUGGAGAGUCCCUCCGCCUCUCCUGCCAAGCUUCUGGCUUUGCCUUCGGCAGUUCUGGCAUGCACUGGGUGAGACAGUGUCCAGGGAAAGGACUGGAAUGGGUUGCCUACAUAGGAACCUCCUCAACUCCUAUGCACUAUUUGGAUAAAGUCAAGGGACGCUUCACCAUCUCCAGGGACAAUGCCGAGAACCAGCUGUAUCUGCAAAUGAACAGCCUGAGACCUGAUGACACAGCAGUCUAUUACUGUGCGAGACACGGUGGGAAGAAGUCAGCCUGA